AUGAACAACAUCUUAAGUUGGACUCGCCAUGCCAAUGUCUCAAGAAUAGAACUGAUUUGGGCUGGUCUCGCCACCCUCUCCAUCUACGUCGUCUAUUGUGCCAUCUGGCGUUUGUACUUGAGUCCCAUAGCCAAGUUCCCAGGGCCGCGGCUGGCAGCUCUGACAGAUCUGUACGAAGCCUACUACAAUAACUGGCUCGGUGGGAAGUACAUCUGGAAGAUUGAUGAGCUGCACAAGAAGUACGGGCCGAUAGUCCGAAUAUCGCCACGCGAUCUACACGUUGGAGAUCCAGAUUUUUAUGAUGUUCUCUAUCCCAGCACUACGGACAGGAGACGGGCAAACAAAGCCCCUAGCUUGACCAAGUUCUUCGGUCUCGACGACUCGUUGUUUUCCACGGUCGACCACGAUAUCCACCGGAUGCGCCGCGCCGCCCUCCUGCCCUAUUUCAGCCCAUCCUAUGUCAGGAAAUUGCAGCCGGCCUUCCAGGAACGACUGGACGUGCUGCUCAAGCGUUUGUCAGACCUCAAGGACACGGACGUGCCCGUGAACGCGAAUUGCGUGUUUGCCGCCUUUAGCAAUGACUUGACGCACAUUUUGGCCUUUGGAGAGUGCCAACACAAAUUGGAGACCCCUGACUUUGACUCUUCCGAGCGAGAUGCGUCCUUGUCAGGGGCACAGUCAUUCCACCUCCUGAAGCGCAUGCCGUGGCUCAACAACAUCAUGAUGGCGCUGCCAACUUGGCUCUCGCAGAGCAUGAGCCCGGCGCUGGGGUCGUACAUGCGCCAGAAGAAGAUGACGCGCGAAAAGGUCGCGCAGCUGGCCGCCACGUCCGACGACGACUGGGCGGGCAAGAACACGCCCGUGUUCCGCGGCCUCCUGCACUCUGAAAAACUGCCCCCCGAGGAGAAGACGGUCGAACGGCUGGCUCAGGACGCGCAGAUGCUGCUCAUGGCGGGGACCCUGACCAUGGCGUCGACGCUCGAGCACAUGGUCUACUGGAUGGUGGCCAACCCGGAGGUGCUGCGCAAGCUGAAGGAAGAACUGCGCACCGCCAUCCCCUCCAUCAACGACGUCGGAAAGACACCGCUGGCCACGCUCGAGGGCUUGCCCUACCUGACGGCCGUCAUCAAGGAAGGCGUCCGGCUGAUUUACGGCAACUCGACGCCCCAUUUCCGCAUCGACCCGGAUGGACCCUUGGUCUACAGAGACGCAAAGACGGGCAAGAGCUGGGUGAUCCCCCAGGGCACUUCGGUCGGCAUGACGAGCGUGCUGCUCCACCACAACGAGGACAAUUUUCCCAACAGCCACGCCUUCAUCCCGGAGCGAUGGCUGGGCGACGAAGGCAAGAAACUCGACAAGUACAUGGUCGGCUUUGGCAAGGGCAGCCGCAUCUGCCUCGGCAUGCCCCAGGGGUAUGGAGUCCUGCGUCUGGUGCUUUCGCAGCUCUGGAGACUGUGGGCGAGCCCGGACGCUAGGAUUGGCGAUGAGAUUGGUGUGCUUGGUCUCUACAAUACCACCGCUGAAGAUGUCAAGAUGGAGGGCGACUUCUUUGUGGCGAAAUACAAGAAGCAGCAGGGUGUGGAGUUUAAGCUUAACAGCUUUCGGGAUUGA